AUGGCACAGCAGAAUGGCCCUUCGGGCGAAUACCGAAAGCACCUCCCGGAUCUCAAUGUGCCACGCUUCCAGAUGAUGAAGCAGCAGAAUGCACAUGAGUAUGCACACGAGUUCAAGACCAAGCACAAUCCACCAUGGCUUCAUGCCUUGUAUAUGUACUGGCGUUCGUUGCUAGCUGAACCCUUCAAAGGUGUCACCAGCGAUGGUAAGCUAAUCAAUAAGACUCACACUGCUCUUACUGACCAUGUUCCCACAGGCAUUGUCCGAGAAGGCCUCUUCAAAUACGAAGACGAAGGCGUCGAUAUUGAAAGCAUUGUCGACGCCGCUCAAUCCCUCCUCUCCCAAGUCACCGACGAGCAAAAACAAGCCCUCAGCUACCACAUCGACAGCCCCGAAUGGCGGACCUGGUCAAACCCUGAAUUCCUCCNNCUCGCCCACAAGGGCGUCCGUCUCGACGAACAAACAGACCAAGUCCGUGAUUCCAUCCUCGCCGUUCUCAAAGCCACCUUGUCACCCGAAGGCUACCAANAAGCAAUCUCCGCCAUGCGCAUCAAUGGCUUCCUCGGCGAACUCGUCCAAGGCACAGAAGUUAUGAAUGAGUUCAGCUACAACUUCGUCCUCUUUGGCGAGCCUUCCUCUACAGAACCCUGGGGCUGGUCAUUCUACGGACACCACCUCUGUCUAAACAUCUUCCUCUUCAAACGCCAAAUUGUCAUUUCCCNNCCCUGGUUCACAGGCGCCGAACCCAACGAGAUCGACUCUGGCCCCUACAAAGGCACACGCAUCCUAACUCGCGAAGAAGCUCUGGGCCUUGAACUCAUGCAAUCACUAUCUCCAGAGCUGCAGCAGAAAACUCAAAUCUACAAAUUGAUGAAAGACCCAGCAAUGCCAGAAGGUCGCUGGAACAGAGACGAUCAACGCCAUCUCUGCGGUGCAUACCGCGACAACCGCAUCGUCCCCUACGAAGGCAUCACCCUCGCAGCCAUGACCUCCACUCAAAAAUCCCUUGUCUCCAAGAUCAUCGAAGAAUACUUCUUAUACCUACCCGCUUCCUCGCGCGCAAAGAAACUCAACCACGCAAUGUGCUUUGCCGACGAAACCUACUUUAGCUGGAUAGGAGGCUUUGGUGCUGAAGACCCAUUUUACUAUCGUAUUCAAUCUCCAGUGGUGAUUAUAGAAUUUGAUCACCAUUCGGGUGUGUUCUUGAACAACGAGCAGCCGGCGAAAUUCCACAUUCAUACGCUGUUGAGGACGCCGAAUGCGGGUGACUAUGGUGUUGCGCUGAGGAAGUGUAUUCCUGCUAAAGAACAGUUCUUUACUUGGGAGCCGGAGGAUGAAACCAAGGGGCCUGGUAACCAUGCUAGUCGUCUGGAUUAG